CGGACCGACGGUUGUGUGGCGGACCAAAAAGACCCAACGGAGCCGGGAUGAGGAAGUCCAAAUAAAUCUCAAUUCGAAUUUGAUGUUUUUCAAAGUGUCUCAGCAGUUAACAAUUUUUCUUCAUUUUUGUAAUGUGUCUAAUGAAUUAAAACUCAAUUAACAGCUUGAUAACGAAAGCAAAACAAUUUAAACCAGAUUUAAAGUGGGAGUAAGCCGGCUUAAAAGUAUUUUCUAAAACGGAAAGUUUUCAAGUGCCAACCGGACUUUACUUUGUUGUCCUAGUUUCCUGCGGUCCAGCGAUUAAAAGAAACAACAUCAGGGCGGCAUAACUCACGACAUGCAAAUCUCGGGCUGGGCGCGGCCGCUUCCCCCAAUUUGCAAUGCCAAGCACUAGAGGGAGCCAAUUAGGAAGCCCACUGCCGCAGCCACAGCCACAGCCACUGACAGAUACCCGAGGUAUUUGAGGUAUUCCGGAUACAGAUUGAUAACAAUAACAACUAACGAACCCGGACGAGAUGGCCGGCCCUCCGCCAGCGGCGGCCCUUCUGCUGGCCGUGCUAAUUAGCAGCUGGCCAAAGGCCUCUUUGGGCGCCACUGGGAACGGCAGCACUGCAGCAGCAGUUGCCAACAGCAGCGGCAACAACUUCGCCUUCACCGCGGACCACUCGGACCACUCGGACCACCUGGAUCACCCGGACCACCCGGACCACGCGGACCACAGUGCCAACGACUCCAUGGAGUACGACGCGGAGAGCGUGGCCCUGGAGCGCAUCGUGUCCACCAUUGUCCCGGUCUUCUUCGGCAUCAUCGGCUUCGCCGGGCUCCUCGGCAACGGACUGGUCAUCCUGGUGGUCGUGGCCAACCAGCAGAUGCGCUCCACCACCAACCUGCUGAUUAUCAACCUGGCCGUCUCCGACAUCCUGUUCGUCAUCUUCUGCGUCCCGUUCACGGCCACCGACUACGUGCUGCCCGAGUGGCCGUUCGGCAACGUGUGGUGCAAGUUCGUCCAGUACAUGAUUGUGGUUACGUGCCACUGCAGUGUUUACACCCUGGUGCUGAUGUCCUUUGAUCGCUUCCUGGCCGUCGUCCAUCCCGUCACGAGCAUGUCCUUGCGGACGGAGCGCAACGCCACGCUGGCCAUCAUGUGCGCCUGGAUAACGAUUGUGACGACUGCGAUUCCGGUGGCGCUUUCGCACUCGGUGCGGAUUUAUCAGUACCACGGAAAUGCCGGCACCGCGUGCGUCUUUUCCACGGAGGAGGAGGUCUGGAGUCUCGUCGGGUUCCAGGUGUCCUUCUUCCUGUCGUCGUAUGUGGCACCGCUGACGCUGAUUUGCUUCCUCUACAUGGGAAUGCUGGCCCGUCUGUGGAAGAGUGCUCCCGGCUGCAAGCCUUCCGCCGAGUCACGGAAGGGAAAGCGACGCGUCACCCGAAUGGUUGUUGUCGUCGUAUUGGCGUUUGCAAUUUGCUGGCUGCCCAUACAUGUCAUCCUGGUGCUGAAGGCGCUCAACCUGUACGGAGGCAGCCACCUGUCGGUCAUCGUCCAGAUCAUCUCCCACGUGGUGGCCUACACGAACUCCUGCAUCAACCCCAUCCUCUACGCCUUCCUCUCCGACAACUUCCGCAAGGCGUUCCGCAAGGUGGUCUGGUGCGGCAGCCCGCCGCCGCUGAUGACCAACCAGCAGGUGACCAAGACCACGCGAACUGCGACCGGCAACGGAACGUCCAACAUUGAAAUGCUCUAAGCGGCUCUCGAGAACGAAUGUUCCAAGAUCGCCGCAUCGUUUUCGAAGGCGAUUCUCAACGCAGAACAGAACAGAAAAUGUGAAUUUAAAGCUAACACUGAAUACAAACCACUGAACUCUACGGCUAAAUGGGAAUUCGACGCGGCACAUUAAGUUAACUGUGUACAUAAAACCACUUGAAUUUGUCUAUAAGGAGAAUAUAAUUUUCCGAAUUCUGAAAUAUGAUUUCUUUUGGUAAUUUAGAGGACAUGCACACUUUUCUUUGAACCAAACAGAAUUCCAUUUGAAACCCAGAACCAGUUUGGCAGGAAGGAGAGCUCACACUUCGAUUGUUUAAACUGAAAUGUUGCACUUGCUUUGGGUGGACAACAUAAAAUCGAAAACAAAUAAGCUGCAACAUCCGUUCGACAUGAAUUGAUGAGGGACAAAAAUAUCUGAGGGGGACUGCGGAAUUGAUGUUACAAGGAGUAGAUUUCUGUGUAAUUUGCAUGUUUGUCAUUUAGUCAUUAAGCGUUCGAAGGCCGACGUUAAUUAGCAAAAAAUAAAAUAGAAUAAUACGACCAGAUUGGACAACGGAAACUUACCACUUUCCGAUGGCAGAGCUGCACAUCCUAUGGGAAAAACAUUGAUUAAUAACAUUUAGGGCAAAAUCUUAUCACCAGAGCUGUAAAUCUAAGGCGGGUAAAUGUUUCAGCAAGCAUAUUCGAUUAAAGGGCUAACUAAGUGUCAUUAUUAUACCCUGUAAUAUGUAAUAUUAGCAAGGCUCAAAUGAAUGUCCUUCAGUCCCUGCGAAGGUCCCUUUUCGUAAUGCAAUUCAAACCGAUUAGCCAAGGAUUUUAAUUCAACAAUAAAGCGUCUAGAACCGCCAAGAUGCGAAUUAUAAUACGAGAACAUUUCCCCCCUUAGAUUAAAAGAACACACUCCGCAAGAAUCCAUUGCAUCACUUACUUAAUUUAGUCAUAAACUAGUCGAAUGUUGACCAGGAGGUGUUUUAGUUAUAGCUUACCAGUUUACUAUACAUUAACGUUUUUUGACUAUUGAAUAGGAGGGAUCGAUCAAGUAUUUUAUAUUAUAUACGUAUUGUUUGUUACCCACAAACCACACACGUUAAUAAUAAUUCUAGGUGGCAUAAAAACUAUACAACAAAUGGGCAUUGAGUUGAAAUAGUUGAGGCGAAUUUUGUUUCUCUCUGCGUGUAAAUUACGACUAACCAGGAACACCUUCUCAACCUUUCCAGUAACGUAUGUUAGCAAACGUAUUUAACCUAAACUAUUGUAUCUGUAUAUCGACAUAAGUAUCUAUAGCAACGUAUUUACGUACUUAUAAUUGUAUUUUUAAAUGUAUUCUACUGCAUUCCUAGCACAGUUGUGGAAUUGAACAAUAUUUAAAUUUUUAAAGAGUAAAACCGAAACGGAAGGGCGAAAUUGAUCAGAGAAAAAUUUGAAUAUUCUAGACUUUAAGCUGACAACGGAAAGAAUUUUUUUUUACCCUGUAGGGUAUUUACCCAGUAGGGUAUUUGCUAGACGCCUAGCCUCACCAAAAAAAAAUUGAAGCAAAACUAGCGACUAAAAAGUGCAUUACGAAAUGCACUUUAUUUUUUUGUGUUUUCAGUUGUGCAUCAAAUACUUUAGUGGCGUAAGGAAAGCAGAACCUACUGUAUUUGUAUAUGAAUGUUUAUGUACAAUAAAAUUUGUUCAUUGUGUUAAAUAAAAUUGAUGACUCCGUGUACA